CGGCGUUUGCGGCACCGCAGGUAGAGCGGGCGGCGUGGGUCCCGCCGGUCGCGAACCCGCCGCUCGGCAGCCGCAGCCCGGUGGUCGCCCGCUUCCAGCCUCUCUCCGCCGGGACUUCGAAAUGCUUUACCUGAUCGGCUUGGGCCUGGGAGAUGCCCAGGACAUCACCGUCAAGGGCCUGGAGGCUGUGAGGCGCUGCCGCCGGGUGUACCUGGAGGCCUACACCUCGGUCCUGCCCGUAGGGAAGGAAGCCCUGGAAGAGUUCUAUGGAAGGAAACUGAUUCUUGCUGAUAGAGAAGAGGUGGAACAAGAAGCAGACAGUAUUUUGAAGGACGCAGACGUCAGCGAUGUUGCAUUCCUGGUGGUCGGUGAUCCUUUUGGGGCUACGACGCACAGUGACCUGCUCCUGAGAGCCACAAAGCUGGGCAUCUCCUGCCGGGUCAUCCACAAUGCCUCCAUUAUGAGCGCCGUGGGCUGCUGCGGCCUGCAGCUGUAUAAGUUUGGAGAGACGGUGUCCAUUGUUUUCUGGACGGACACGUGGAGACCGGAGAGCUUCUUUGACAAGGUGGCAAAGAACCGGCAGAACGGGAUGCACACGCUGUGCCUCCUGGACAUCAAAGUGAAGGAGCAGUCAUUGGAAAAUCUAAUGAAGGGACGGAAGAUCUACGAGCCUCCUCGCUAUAUGACUGUAAACCAGGCAGCCCAGCAGCUUCUGGAGGUCAUUCGGAACCGAAGAGCUCGAGGAGAAGAUCCAGUGGUCACCGAGGAGACACUGUGUGUUGGCCUGGCCCGGGUUGGAGCUGAGGACCAGAAGAUCGCAGCUGGCACGCUGCGGGAGAUGUGCUCUGUGGACUUGGGGGGACCCCUGCACUCCCUCAUCAUCACGGGAGGCAGCCUACACCCACUGGAGAUGGAGAUGCUGAGUCUGUUCCCUCUGCCGGAGACCAGCUCGGGGUCCCAGAGCACUGAGGGGCCCCACCCAUAGACGUCUGCUGUGGAGGUUGAUCUCAGUCCCAGGGCUCGUGUCAUGUUUGUGUAACAGAGGGAACGGGUUUUCGGUUUGCCUAGUAAGCACAGUGACCACGGAGAGCGACGUGGAUGCCACCAUGCUGUCUACUGUGGCCGCGAGCUUUUCCCUCUGAUGUCACCAGCCAGUGCUGCUGUUCUCUGCCGGUUGUCAGGAUGUAAACACAUGGAGCAGACCAAGCAGGAAACUUGUAGAUAGACACCAUCAGCAGUACUGUCGAAAAGCAGCCUUUCCUCAUGAAACCUCUACACAAGGGGGAACUUCUUCCAGACACGUGGCCCUGGCAAUGGUGGGAUAAGUGCCUCUGAGCCAAAGCCCAUCGGAGCACAUGCCACACAGUGACUUCGCCCUGGACCGCCUUGUCUUACUGAGCCCACAUCCUAAUUGUGGGGCUCGUACGCGGCUGUCCUGGGAGGUUAUAUAAUCAUCAAUUAUAAAUGCUCAGCCAGCCGUGUACAGUUGCUCUCUGGUUUCAGAUAGCAACUCUUACAGCUAAGCUGACAAAUGGAAAACUUGGUGACUGCAGAAUAAAGUUUUUAAAAAUUUGA